UUUGUUAAUAUUUUUAAAGUAAAAUACCUAAAUAAUUUAAAAAUGGCUGGCUCAAAUGGACGAGGUUAUUUUUCUUUAUUGGAUUGGCUACGGAAAAAUGCUUUAGUCUGUGCUACUGCUGGAGGUGUACUUCUCGGUGCUUUAUUGGGCUCUUUAAUUCGUUUAGGAAAUCCUUCAAGUCAGACAAUUAUGUUAUUAAGUUUUCCUGGGGAAUUACUUAUGCAUAUGUUGAAAAUGAUGAUAAUACCUUUAAUUUUUUCUUCUCUCAUUUCUGGUCUUGCCCAAUUAGAUCCAAAACAAUCUGGUCGGGUCGGUAGUUUGGCUGUAAUUUAUUAUUUUGCUACAACAGCAAUAGCUGUUGUUACUGGAAUUGUUUUGGUUUUAGCUUUACAUCCUGGAAAUCCAGAACAUCACAAAGAUUUAAGUAAUGGAAGAGAAAUUAAAAGAGUUAGUACUGUUGAUACUUUACUUGAUUUAAUUAGAAAUAUGUUCCCAGAAAAUAUUGUACAGGCAACAAUGCAGCAAAUGGAGACUACCGUUCAAGUUGUUAAUAAAACAAUUCCUGGAAGGGACCCAAUUAGAUAUAAACCUGUUUACAAAGACGGAAUGAAUAUUCUUGGAAUUAUUGUUUUUUGUAUAAGUUUUGGAAUUGUUAUAAGUCAAUUAGGGGAACGUGGGCGUAUUAUGGUUGAAUUUUUUGGAGUUUUGGAUUUGGCUAUAAUGAAACUUGUUUCUCUUAUUAUGUGGUAUUCUCCAUUAGGCAUUACUUGCUUAAUUAUGGGAAAAAUUCUUGAAGUUGAUGAUAUUAGCAAUACUUUUCGGUCUUUAUUUAUGUACACAGUAACAGUGCUAAGUGGUUUAGCUAUUCACUCAUUAAUUUCAUUACCUCUUCUCUUCUUUCUAUUAACUCGACAAAAUCCUUUUAUUUUUAUGCGUGGAUUGCUUCAAGCUUGGGUUACAGCUUUGGGAACGGCUUCUAGUUCUGCUACUCUCCCAAUUUCGUUUCGUUGUUUAGAAGAGAAUUUAGGUAUUGACAGACGUGUUACUCGCUUUGUUUUGCCUGUUGGGGCAACUAUAAAUAUGGAUGGAACAGCACUUUAUGAGGCUGUAGCAACAAUUUUUAUUGCACAAAUGAAUAAUGUUCAAUUAACUUUUGGCCAAGUAGUCACUGUCUCCUUAACAGCUACUUUGGCUUCUAUUGGGGCAGCUUCUGUUCCAUCUGCUGGUCUUGUCACAAUGUUACUUGUUUUGACUGCUGUUGGUUUACCUGUAAAAGACGUUUCUUUAAUUAUUGCUGUUGACUGGUUUCUUGACCGUAUUCGAACUUCAAUAAAUGUUUUGGGCGAUGCAUUUGGGGCUGGAAUUGUUUAUCAUUUUGCAAAAAAAGAUUUGGCAAAAGCUGAUGCUGAACAUGCGAGAAAAAUUCUUGAACAAAAUGAUGCUUUAAUGAUUGCUGGGGAAAAAGGACGGAGAAGCACAUUUAUGGUUCACAAUGAUGAUCAACAAUUACAACUUUUAAAUUCAAAUAGGCAUGGUUAUGAGCCAGUCCCAAGUUCUGAUGAACCAACAGCAGUUACUCGAACAAGCGAUCCUUCAACAACAAAUAAUAAUAAUCAUCCUUAAAUUUAUUUCCUUCCUCUAAUUUUUUUUUAAUUGCCCCCCCCCCCUCCUCUCCCCAAAUUAAGGAUACAGAGCUUUUCCUUUUAUUUACCACAAUUUUUUUAUUUUUAGUUAUUUUUUAUCCCGUGUGUUUUCUUUAUUUAAAAGUGAUCCAAAAAAAUAUUUU